AUGGAGGCCGCGGAGGCUGUGCUGUUCCUGCUUCUGCCCGUCGUGCUGUUGAGGCUGGCCAUUGUCAUAUGCAAUGGUCAUGUCAUCCUCAUUCCUAGCACCAAAACUCGGCGUAACAAUUCUUCUCCUCCUUUCUUGAACCUCCAACGUUGUGCCCUCAAUCCUGGUCCAGGACGAAGCAAUCAUUGUGAGUCCCAGCAGCCACACUCCCUCUUGCUCAUCACUGAAGUGUGUGUUUAUGUCAACCAGUUCUAUAUCUUGAACAUCCGCGCACUGAUCCGGGCGGACUCAAUCCUCAUCUUCGAAGACCCAACCUGA